AUGGAACCCAUUCUCAAGAGCCUUCACGCCGUGCAGGCCAACCCUCACAUUCUGUCAGCCUCCGAGAGGAACCUACUUCUGGCUCAGUGUCGCGUAACCAUCGCGCAACUAGAGGCCUCAGGGAUGUUAGACAGCGUCCAGGAUGCACACUCUGCAGGGUUUCAAUUCCACUCAAACUCACUCAGGCGACUUACGUCAAUCCUCAAUGGCUUCACCAAGGAAAGUGAUGACAGGAUUUGUACCUUUCAAGAUUUAGACCCUGAGCUUGUUAUUGUUUGCGGCUUGUGUAUAUCUGUCAAAGAAGUUAGCAGAAUGAAGGCCGAUACAUGGAGCGCAGUUAUUAGACAAGCCCGGCUCACUGCCAAACGCUUGGCUCCGUAUCUUGCAAGAAGCACUCAAAUUGAAGGGGCUGUGAACAAAUCAUCCAAUAACAGCUUCAAGACAAAAUUUGAGUCUUUUCAGAAAGAUUUCGGUGUAUUCCGCCGAAUUACAGGUAUUACCGACAAUGGAGUGAAAUACUUCCACUAUAUUGCUCCGUGUGUGCCUCAGUUAGAACAUUUAACUCGAUUGGCCGCUACUGGUACGGUAGCCUUAUAUGUGCCAGAGAUCGAAUCAGACGGGCGUCUCAGGAUCACAACUCAAUGGGAUGAGAAUUUCUUGGCUGGAUUGUUCGGAUGUCGGCUGGACGACUACGAUGCUGCAGGGCUUAUAGCAUAUGCGUAUAGAGAUCGCGUGACGCAGUACCUUGGAUUUUAUAUUUCUGAGGCUAUUGAAACCUCCCAGACACGCGCAUCUGAUCUUCCAGAAAACCCGGUGACACAAAGUGUAAGCUGCAACGGGUUCCCGGGACAGAUCAUUAUUGUUGAUGUAUAUGUUGGCAAGGGGAAAUGCAUUGAAAUCCUUGGCCUUGCAUCUUUGGAGGCGUAG